AUGUCUUUUACCAAAACUUAUUUCCUCUGCCCGACAGAUGAUUUCAUCUACCCGCCACCGACGGGUCCGCUGCGCCUCGGCUCUAUACUUCGCUCGACAUCUGCGCCGCAGCUUCCCCUCAACGUCGCCAGCGUCGUUCCAGUGGCGAAUCCGACCCCGCCCCAGGUGGAAACAGACUGGCGGAAGACGGUGUCGACGAGGACGGGACUCGGCUUGGGGGUGUAUGCGCAGUUUCUGCAGCUGGCUGUGGGCGUGUCAGGCAUUGGUCCUCAAGUCGAAGUUGAAUGGUCCCGCCACAUGGCCAAUGUCUUCGCCUUUGACACCAUGACUACUCUAUCCUUUGAGCCGACGCCACUGUACGUGGAGGAAGCCGUCAAGACACCGACUGUGCAGGCCUGGCUGCGGGAGCCCAGGCAGAGAAUUUCCCCCGUCGUGACGAUUUUUCUCGUGACGGGAAUGAAGCUCGUCAAGGGCGCCAGAAUCCACCACUCGUCGUCGGGCAGUACCGCUGUCACGGCGAACCUAGGUGUGGACGUGCCUCCACUUGGCUUCACUGCUGGGCCAAAAGGCCGCUGGUCGAGUACAAAUGAUGACGAGACAGAGUUUAGUCGCGAGUCUGAAUUCAUCUUUGCCUUCCGUGUCAAGAGGAUUAGGGUUGGGCGGAACAUCCGUACCGAAGACUACCGCAAAGGUGCUUUCCUGGCGAAUGGAGACGAGAGCAAGUAUAAUCAUCUGGAGCCGAUAGUGGCGGACGAUGUAGAUGGAUCUACUCUCGAAAAUGCAGAUUUUGUUUCCGAUGCGACCGAGAAUGCUCCGGUUUACUGUGUCCCGGCUUAG